AUGGCAUCCUGCUGCUUUCCACCACUACGGCCAAGGGGCAAGGCUACUCUACAAUCUUGGUCACGCUCAUAUCACAGCGCGGUCGCAAGGUUCACCACCAUUGAUCGAAGGGGCAUGCCUAUCUCCUGCGAUACUGGGAUCAUGAUCGGCGAACUUGAUGAGAGUUUUGUUUACGUUGAGCCUGAAGUUGGCAACGCUAUUAGAUCCGCAAUUAUCCACCAACUUGGGUCAGUCGCUUUCAACCAUUCUGAAACGCUUCCCCUCCAAUUUAAUCACGAUUCAAAACACUUUUCUUAUAAAUCUUUGCCGUUUCCUCGUAUUGACAUACGUCAAAACUUGGGUCAACCUGAGAGCAAGAUUAGCUCUGCGACACUCUGGCUCUCCGGCAACUGGCACGCAAUCACGCUUGACGGAACACCUGAAGAGGCCUUUGAACGAGCGUCGAGAGAAAGUGCUAGCAAAUUAAAGGGUGCCUUGGAGAGAUUAAAGCAUAGCUAG